CCCGUCCGCCCCCCGGCGCGCCAUUAGCACCUGGCUGUCGCUAGGCUCAGCUGCCCGAUCGCGUGAUCGAACACCCGCAGCCCAUUGGUGAGUAAUAUGGGCAACCUGGUCUCGGCCGGGGCCGCGACGGCGGCGAGCGGGGGAGGGAAGGUGGUGAUGGCGGACGGGAGCGUGCGGGCGCUCAGCGAGCCCGUGUCCGUGGCGGAGCUCAUGAUGGACCACCCGCGCCACUUCGUCGUCGACGCGCGCGUGCUCAAGGAGCAGGGGCGGCGGGAGCAGCAACACCACCAGCAGCAGGGCGGCGCCGGAGGCGGCGGGGCCAAGGUCGCGCCGCUGCCGGCGGACCACGUGCUGGGCGCCGGCGGGGUGUACGUCCUGCUUCCCGCCACGCGGGGGAAGGUGUCGGCCGACGAGGCGCGGCGCGCGCUGUCGGCGGCGAGGUCCCUGGCGCGCUCCCGGUCGAUGCCCGGCCUGCGGCGGAAGCUGUCGUCCAAGAAGGGCCGCGAGGAGGCUGCCCCCGACGUGCCAGCGCGGCGCGAGGAGACCGCGGAGUCCCCGGAGGAGGAGAAGGAGGAGGCGAGACCGGACGGGUUCGAGGAGCACCGGCCGGAGUUCCUGAGCCGGGAGCUGUCGAGCAGGGGGUGGAAGCCGAGCCUGCGGACCAUCGAGGAGCGCGUGGCGCCCAAGAAGACGCCCCAUUGGCUGUUCUGAUCACCUUCCUCUGGUCCAUGAGCCGAUCGAGUAGGCGUUCUGAUCAUCUAAUCGUCUUCAUUUUUCCAUCUUCUUUUCGUUUCCUCUCUCUGUCCCAAUGAAUGCCUGUUAUGAUCAUGUAGCCUGUCAAAAUGCAUGUACGAUGGCAUGAUGCGACUUGCAUGUGAUGAGCUGAGAUAGCGCAACCGAAACUUGCCAUGUAAUUAUAGGACUAGACCAGAUGUUUCAUCGAGGGCUGCAUCAUGUAAUGUUGAGAGAGGCCCUUCCAAAUGAGUCUCGAUGCUGGCACGGUCGCACUGACAUUGUAAAUUUUGCUUUCGCCUCUGUUCUUCAAGCUUCUACGGUCGACUGUACGAUCCUGAA